AUGGCGUUGCUCAAGAGACAUGGCUCGGACAUGGAGAUGCACACGGGUCCGCCCUGGCUCGAUAUGCCGGUGAUGCUUCACUCUUCCCGCGCAUACUCGUGCUCCCUCAACGACACCGCAAAAUGCGAAUAUCAACAAGGCCACUGGCGGUUUUGGUAUGAGGCAGACUGGCACUACGCUUUACCGACAGUCGCCUUCUUCCUAACGGCCAUCGCUCUCUUUGCGWUACCUUUCACACUCUCGCCGUUCUUCGCAUCGACUCGACGGCCCCUAUUUGCCAAGAUCCGGUCCGUUGCUCGCUUUCUGUCGUACCGUCAAUUUCGUCUCAAUGCUCUGAAUUGGAACUCGGCACCACUCGGCGUACUCCUCCUGGGAGCAAUUGGAGCCAUCUUCUUCUUUUCGAUGGUUCUGGGCCCCAAACCGUACUACUGGCCGAAUGUCAAAGCCCCCGACUCGACCAAACUCCUUGUCAGCUGGGGCGGCUCUCCGCCGAUUGCCACUCGGAGCGGGUGGUUGGCACUCGGCUGUUUGCCAUUCAUCAUGGCGACUAGCCCAAAGAGCAACAUGAUCACAGGCUUGACGGGUGUCUCGCACGAGAAACUCCAGGUCUUCCAUCGCUGGAUUAGUUAUGCUUGCUUUGUACUGGCCCUGAUCCACACAUUUCCGUUCAUCGUCUACAAUACUUGGCUGGGUACUAUUGCGUCGGAGUGGAAAACCAACAUGUGCUACUGGACCGGCGUGGUAGCCCUUGUCGCCCAGGCAUGGUUGACUUUUGCAAGCAUCGGGCCGCUGAGGAGCAUGUUCUACGAAUUCUUCAAGAUCUCGCAUUUUGUCGCGGCCGCGGUGUUUGUGGUGUUCUUCUUUCUGCACUGUGACUUCCGCCUAUCGUCCUGGGAUUACUUCAUUGCCUCGGGCGUGAUAUAUACACUCUGCUUCCUCCACUCUCAGCUACGCGUCUUCUUCACCCAUGGUAUCRGCAAGAAAGCCACUGUGAACCUCACAUCCAACGGGUUCAUCAGGAUCAGCAUACCCACCAAAACUAGCUGGAAAGCAGGCCAGCACUAUUUCCUUCGCUUUGUCUCUUUGAAUGCUUGGACGGCUCACCCAUUCACAGCCUGCUCGCUGCCGACAAAAGCUCACUACUACGAAGCCGCAUCAUCAUCUUUGAUCUUCUACAUCCGUCCACAAGGAGGCCUCACAGCRCGACUAGCAAGCUAUGCUGCCGCGCAUCCAAACAGCAAGAUGCGCAUCAUGCUUGAUGGCCCAUACGGAGGAAUAGAAAUGCCCAAGCUCGAGUCGAGUCACCGUACGCUUGUUCUYGCGGGUGGCUCAGGCGCGGGCUGGGCGCUUCCACUGAUUGAAGCAUUUUUGAGAAGAAGGGACUGUGCAGAUUGCUGCGACAAUCCAAAUCCUAAGCCUGGAGUGGAAUGUCUCCCUGCCAACGAAGCACCCAGCAUGCGUGUGGUUCUCGCCACAAGAGACCUGGUGACGAGGAAUUGGUUCGAGGAGGCUAUUGCUGAGUUGCUCGAAGCUGGAAUGGUCAGCACCUGCCCGACGGAACUCAGCGUCGAGAUCUUCUACACUGGRGAGGAUGAUACGUCCCGACCGCAGACAUUGCAGACCUUGGAGGAUCCUGAAAAGGGCGUCGAUGCUAAUGUGAGAGACACCGAGGGUAGUGGAAGUGACUCGGGGUCCGAGAAGCUUGCCAAGAGCUUUUCGGCAAGAGAUCAUGCUGCGCGACCAGACGUCAAGGCCAUUGUUGCUACAGAAGCGGAUCUUGCAGGGGAACAGUCGCUGGGUGUGUUCGUUUGUGGACCGUUGAGUAUGCAGGCUGAUGUUGCGAAUGCGGUUGCAAGGCAGCAAGUGCAGGGGAUGAAGGGUGGAAAGAAGGAUGUAUACCUGCACAUGGAGCACUUUAGUUGGGCUUAG